UAUCGACUGAAAUCAAACGAUAAUUUUCUAUUAUCCUUGUGUUGUUUCUGUCGUUUGGUUUCUGGCUCGUCUACUUUGGAAAACUAAAAAUGGGGAAACGCUCGAUAAAUACCACUAAAAGUGGAAAAUUUAUGAAUCCAACUGAUCAAGCACGGAAAGAAGCACGAAGACGUGAAUUAAAGAAGAAUAAGAAACAACGGUUACUCGUCAGGCAAACUGUGUUGAAAGGAAAAGAUCCUACAACCAUCUUUGCAGAACUGGAAAAAAUUGAUCAAAUGGAGUUCAAUCCAGUUCAAUCUGCACCACUAAGUGAAAAAGUGUUAAAGGAAAAGAGAAAAAAGCUAAGGGAUACAUUAAAUAGAAUUAUGAGGCUCUAUGAAAAAGAAGAACCAACCCAGUGGACCCAAAUCAAAGCUAUGGAAGUACAGUAUGAGAAACGAAGAGCAGAGCUUAUCAUAUACUGUGAAUCAGUGAAACAUACUCAGACAGUGAACCUUGAAGAGAUUCCUUUGCCAAACUUGGAUUCAUCAAGUUCUUCAAGCUCAUUACUUCCAGCUCCACCAGGCAUUUUAAAGAAAAUCAGCAACUAUGGGUUGUUACGCAAAUCACCUGGUGUUCCGUCAGUUCCACCGCCCGAAAUUUACGAUAUUUGGGAUGAAGGUGAUGGAGCUACUGCAGAGCCCGGUAUUCCAGGAAUUGACGACGAAGAAGAAGAUCUUCCUCCUUACCAUACAUACUAUCAAUUCAUUCGCCCUCCUCUUGAAGACAUAGCGUUACCUAAAGACACCAUAGAAGAUGACGCUGAAAUGGCUGAAGAUUAUGACGAAGAUGAUGAUGCUGAAAGCGAUGAUGAUAAUUCAGAAGCAACCGCUAAACCGGUUCCAGUACCUGCCGAACCACCGCGGCCUACAACACUUCAACAGCGAAUGUUAGCGAUUGCCGGUCAGGAUGUCAACACAGUUAUUCAGGAGAUGGACUACUUGCACCGCCAAAAAGAGAUGAAUCGCCAAAUAACUCACGAAACAAGAAAGGCACGGAUGGAAGCAGGAGAAUUUGACGAUGACCCUUCAUUAGAUAACAAUAAAUACCCUCCACAUAUGCCACCUCAUCCUGGGCAGUUUCAACGACCGCCGAUGAUGCCUGCCUAUGGACCCUAUGGUUCUAUGGGCCCACCUCCACCCAUGGGAUAUGGUGGAUUCGCUCCUCCCCCGAUUCCAGGAUCUAGAUUACCACCAGGUCCUCCACCCAGAAUGCCUCAGGGUUUAACACCACGGCUUAUUCGACCUCCUGGGAUGCCUCCUCCGCCUCCACCAGGUCUACGUCCAGGCGUACCAUCCAUGCUUACUGGUCGACCGCAAUUGAGCACUAGCGCCCCGUCCAAGCCGUCUUCAAAACCUACAGCUUCUAUCAUUGAAGCUAAACCGCAGAUGCGAAAUCUUAGCGCAGAUUUAACAAGAUUCGUCCCCACCACGUUAAAAGUUAAGAAAGACAUGCCACCGAAGAAAGAUCUUGCUAAAUCGAGUGCCAAUCCACACAUUGAAUGGAGGACUCCACAAGUACAGGUUUCAAGUAAAGCCGCGCCAGUAGUUCAACCUCCUGUGAAAACAAAAGAUGAUGCGUAUUCACAGUUUAUGAAAGAAAUGCAAGGAUUUAUGUAAGCGACUGAGCAACCGGAUUUUUCUUCUGCACUCGACUUUUCGACACGAAACUUAAUUCAAAUUGUAUUUCUCCACUGAGUUUCAUUUUGUGAAUUAAACAACUAAGAGAUUCUUAAAAAAA